AUGACUUCCAGUUUCAAGAGUGAAAGAAUCCCUGCCAUUAUUAAGGGACAUCGGCACUUCAGUUAUGGAGGGGCGGUGCUACCUGAGUCUGUCACUAUCGAGCAAUAUUAUGACCUAACCCCAACCAAGAAGAGCAAUCUCCGUCUGAAUGACCAGCUGCUUCCGAAACCUACAGACAUUGACAUGAGCAAGAGGAUGAUAAAAUCUGUCAUUCCAAAGGAACAUCCAUACCAGUCCCACAUCUCACGAUAUGCCAUGUUUCCAUCUUAUGAGUCUCCUGAUGACCAUCACACAGGAGUGAGAGCUGCUUCAACCCUGCCCUUGAAUUCUCUCCUGCCCUCUAGUGCUCCGGCAGUUACUGUUCUACACAAGACCAAAGGCAGUCCAUACCGUCAUGAGAUGCUGGAUGUUCCUAUGGCAACCAGAGGAGAAGGAAUCGUUUGGCCUGGGCAAUGUGGUUUCCAGAAUCAUACUAAGCCAUCAAAAGGCGAGAACCAGGUGAUAUACCCCAAGCCUCUGAAGACAGUGUAUCCAAAUGCUACUCUGCGUAACAGUAAUAUCACCUUGUCGGAGCGCAGUGCUAACAUGUUGCGCAAUCUAGAGAAAGCCCAUUGGUUCACCUCAUACCAGUUACACUAUACAGGCACUGGGCCCACCAACCCAAUUAAACUGGACGAUUUCAAUGAGAAGACAAUUGCCAUGCUAACUGGAGAAAUGAACCCUCUUACAACACAGCUGAUGGAACGAUCAGUACCUACUUUCAUUCCCUCUCGACCAUUAGAACGACGCAAAACCAGAGAUUGUCAGUAUCGACAUGUGCUAGAAAGCACCUAUGCUCCAUCCCAAUUUCCCCUUGCCCGUUCAGGGUCAGCAGACCUUGACUUAAGCCCAUCCCACAAAUUCACCCCGUUGGGUGUGGAGGUCAGAAAACAGAACAUUACUGUUCACAAAAGUGCUCAGGGGAAAGACCAUGUGCCACAUAGUUUAUUUUCAGACGCAUGCAAAAGUGAGCAGGUCACUGAAUCAAACCAAAGCUAUGAGGAUGCGAGAUCCGGUCCUGUGUCUGGAGGAAGCACACCUGGCCACUGUGAGAUCUGUAAGAAGAGAAUGUGUUUGUGCGGAUCUGAAUUGCAUGUAGGGGAGAGGCAUCAAACAACAAAAUCCCAGCCUGAGAAAGAGAAUGAAUAUUUAUCAAAAAACCUCCGGCCCAGAAGCUUUAAAGAAGCAGGGAAGAAAAGCCUCCAUAACUGGACUGAUCUUCAACCGCGCUGCACCGUGCUCGAGCUCCAGGACUCCUUCAGCAAAAGUGAAGCUCAUCGGCGCCUCCACGAGACUACCAAGGUCUCAAAAACCGACUUGCGUGACAAUCAUCACGCUGGAAGAAAACACUCAUUUUGUGGCUUCAACUCAUAUUACUUUCAUAACUGA